AUUUAUCCCCGCCGCCGCCGCCGCUGCUGUUUCUCAGGGGCUGCCAGAGCAUGGACUAUUAAAAACUUGCAUUUCUGCAGUGUGAGUUAAUAUUUUGACACCAAUAUGGGAAAGCAAAACAGCAAACUACGCCCUGAAGUCAUGCAAGAUUUGCUAGAAAGUACAGACUUUACAGAACACGAGAUCCAGGAGUGGUACAAAGGCUUCUUGAGAGACUGUCCAAGUGGACAUUUAUCUAUGGAGGAGUUUAAAAAAAUAUAUGGGAACUUUUUCCCUUAUGGGGACGCUUCUAAGUUUGCGGAACACGUAUUCCGCACUUUUGACGCCAACGGAGACGGAACAAUAGAUUUCAGAGAAUUCAUCAUAGCCUUGAGCGUAACGUCGAGAGGUAAACUGGAGCAAAAGCUGAAGUGGGCAUUCAGCAUGUACGACCUCGACGGGAACGGCUACAUCAGUAAGUCAGAGAUGCUGGAAAUCGUGCAGGCAAUCUAUAAGAUGGUUUCUUCUGUAAUGAAGAUGCCGGAAGACGAAUCAACACCAGAGAAGAGGACAGAGAAGAUCUUCCGCCAGAUGGACACCAACCGUGAUGGAAAACUCUCUCUGGAGGAGUUCAUCCGAGGCGCCAAGAGCGACCCAUCCAUAGUCCGUCUCCUGCAGUGUGACCCCAGCAGCGCCGGGCAGUUCUGAACACGUUCUUUGGAUGAAUUAUGUAUCUGCUUUUUUUUUUUUUUUCUUGCCAAACAACAUUCAUGGUAGUGUUGCCUCUGUAUGGCCAAUUAUGCCUUCUUUUGUGGCAUCUUAUAGCUUCUUUUGUUGUGGAUUAAUUAUAAGAAUGCUGAAUUGCUCUUAACAAUUUGUCCAGAGCACGGGCAGUACUGUUUUAAACAGAUAUUGUGGUGUUAUCAUUGUUUUAAAGAUUUCGUUUUGUUUUUUGUUUUAACGUGACUGUUUUGGAAAGCACGCGUUGAGAAGGAGGAAACCAGCAACAGAACCCUUGGCAGCAAGACACACUGACAGUUUUUUAGAUUGCUGCUUUAGUAGCUGAGUAUUCACCCGCAGGACCUGAAAGUGUAGUAGAGGUUGAACCAAAGGGGUUGCGAUCGGUGGGGUAGGAUUCACCUGGAACCUCCUCUCCUGUCCAGGAGGCACCAGUUUAAGGUCAAAGACAGGAUGGAGAAUAAGUACGAAAGUGCAAAACGGGUGCGGGGUGCGUUGUCUGCACCCCUGCUCCCACGCCUCACUGUUUCAAUGCUGUGAACAUUUUCCAGGUUGUGAAGAAGAAGAAGGGAAAAGACAAAGAAGGACAGUUUUUCCUAGGUUUACAGUGGUUGGUUUCACGUGGCUUUAUCUGCAAAAUUCAGCAAUUUGCAAUCCUGAUCCCCAAAUCCACAACUGACGAUACCUCUUGCCGUGUGGGAUCAGCAAAGGCAGACACAGCUUAGGGAAAGCCGGGUCUUGACAAUGAAUUUAAGGGAGAUGAUACAUGUUGAAUGUGAAAUUUUCAGGUUAGUCAUAAAGCAGUUUCUACUAAGGAGAGUGGGCAUUCACGUGAGGAACUCACGGACACGCAGCUCCAGCUGAGGCACAUCUGCUGCUCUGAAUGCUCUUGCGUAGUAUGAAGUUUUGGGGGUGUUUUUGUCUCUCUCCAUGUAGCUAAUGGAGUUUCUGGACCUGCCCUUAGGGGAAGGUUGUCAUCAAAACUUGUUUUAAACAUAAAAUUGUAGCAUUUAUAUUUCAUUUAUUUUAGUAAAGUUCGAAAAAUCUGUACUGAAACGAGGAAAUGGUACGCUUUAUGGUAUAUUUAUAUAUAUAAAAAUUAAAACAAAAAAAAGAUCAGCUCUUGAGAGAAAUGUUGAAUGUUUAUCUUCUCGCCUAGAUGCAGGAGUUCUGAAAUUUGCUGCUGCAAAACCUUAUCCUUUGGUCAAAGCUGCUGCUUGCAGAGCUAGUAGACAUUCGUGGGAUUUCUUAGGGACAUUACGAGCGCUGCUGCAACGGAAAAGCUUUAGCAACAGGAGGCAUUAUGCUGACUAAAUUGGCAUUAAUCUGUCAUUAGCUAAAGUCUGCUCUGUGAUCCUGUUGGAGAGGUACCCAUGUAGGCAGUGCACAGCGCUGGGAAUUCGUGAGCUCGUUAGAGUAACCUUUGUCUGACAGGCAAGGUUGGCGUUUUGUCAAGUGACCUUGUAGACGCUAAUCCCCAGUAGCCUUAAUUUAAAAUAAACUAAGUAAAAUAAGUCUGCUUGGCAAAUGAUGAUUAGCUAAGUACUAAUUAGAAGUCAUGAAAAAGAAGCCGAGUAUGAAUAAUUUUUUGUAGAACACUAGCUAGCACGAACAGCAGCUGAGAGAAAAAAGUCCUAGACUUAAUUUUCCAUACCAUUUGCUUUGCCAGGUGUGAAGUGCAGAGCAUAUUAAAACAAAAUAAAAAUAAAUUGAAAAUAACAUUGCUAAUCGGUUGUACUAAAAUUAUUAUGAGUGGCUAAUUGCACUCAGUAAAUCUCUUCAGGCACACGCCUUUGUCUUAAAUGAUCACAGAAAUCCAGUCAAUGAUAUAUUCCCAUUAUACUAAUCAAAAUACCAAGCAGAGGCGUGUGGGGGACAAAGCAAAAGAGGCCCAACCACAGACACAAAGAGCUUUCAAUACCUAGUGCUUCACUAGCAUCACUGGCAAAUUUUGCACCAAUUCUUCCAGCUGAUGGAAGUGUUCUGUCUCUAUUUCUCCCUAACUUUCAUUAGGCAUGCUGUGCACAAAUCUAACCCUCCAAAGGAGAGUCUGUGCCUACCUUCUUCGAGGUAAUUUUCUGCUUUACCUGGAGAGGUUCUGGCCCUCUUUCCCAUAUCAAUCAUCUCAUGCGUAUUCAAGUCCAUGCUCCCUCUUGAGUGCUUUGAGGGCUGUUUUUCAGCAGGACAAGCCUGGCCAGGCUGCUGGGGGUGGCAGCAGGAAGGUCAGUGGACACGCACUGAUCACCACCCCCUCUGGCAGACAGGAACGACCAGUCCUGCCACCCCGGCCACCCCUGAGGUGCUCCAUCACCACCCCUGGGAAGGCAGGAGGAGGUGACACUAGAGGAACCCUGCUGAACUUCUAACCUACCAGCUCAGCGCAGGCACCCAGACCCAAAGCCCAGCAGUGUUUAGUGACAGUACACUUGGGUACCUUCUGCAGCUCCAUCUUCCUUUUAAUGUUGUGAAAGCAGUGGGACGUGACUGAAACUUUUAAAACCUUGCCUUUUAUUUAAGCAACUGCGUUCCAUUUCUUCUAAGUUUUAUAAGGUAUUUCUGGCCCAGAACCUAAUCUCUCAGUUUGUUUUUGCUUGGCAGUUCUAGGGCCAGGCUUGCUUCACGUGUCAAUACUUUACAACACGUGUUUGAAAACAGAACUUGCGAUAUGACCCCAGGCCAGCCGAGAUGUAAUUCUUUCCACAGUUCACAAAAUCUGGAAGAAUAAGAAUUAGCCUACAGCUGCAGAGGACGUAGCCGGAGAUAAGACUAUUGUAUAAACAUUUACAGAGUGAACCGAGGUUAUUCUUUUACCUGACUGCCACUGACGAUGGGUAUUGUUUUAAAUUAUUAACUAUCCCUUUCUCUCUCUGCCUCUGCAUGUGCUGUGAAGGUGAGCUCUAGCUGGCGUUGUGGUAGGAGCUUCUGCAGACCCCAGAGCAGCGGGACAGCAGGGAUGUGCUGCGCCUCCAAUAGGAAUGUUCUGCUUUGCUGCCAUUCACAUUUGCAAUCCUAACUGCCUUCAUAAACCUUCUGGAGACAAAAUGACCUCUCCUGUAUAAAAUAGCACAGCAAGUCAGACACUUUUGAAGUGCUCCAUUAGUAGUGUUUCUCUACGGGAAGGAUGGCAGACAGCAUGUGCUAUUCCACACGACCUCUCAGUUUUGUAGAUGCAUUCUGCAGUGCUAGUUGCAUGUGAAAGAGGUCACCCUCACUCAUGUGUGGUCCAAACGAAUUAGUGAGUGCACCCCACAUGUAUACUGAACCCAUGGAAAGGACCAGUCCCGUUUAUCCUGCAUUCCCAGUCGGCUUGCCAAACUCUGGGCCAGAAGAUGGGAAGUGAGGACUAUGAUUUGUGUGAUCUGCAGCAGCCUGUCCUUGUUUUAGGGUGCUUUGGGAAGGGAAACAGGAGCACAACUGUUGUAAAACCAGUGUACCUGGGUUUUUGUGAGCACUUAUGGUUUGAGAGGGACCGAAGACUGAUCUGUGCUUCAACAUUAUUUGAAGCCCUGUGAGUUCACAGCAGUGGAUGUUCCUGAGGUACACAGAGCUGUGCUCUUCCUCUUGCUGUUCUCAGGAGCUUGUAGGAUUUUUACCUUACUAUUGGGGCAUUUUGCCCUCUGUUGUUUUCUGUUUUAAAGCAUGACCUCCACUUUUUCUAGACACUACUGCUUAAAACAGUAAGCCAGAAGCGUGUAACUUCUGUAGCUGGACAAGGUCUAUGUGCAGAAGUAUUGCUCACUGGCACAAAAUGUGUUCACACAGGACCAAGUCCCUGCAGUUUAACAGUUGCCCCCAGGGGCUGAGCCCCUGGGCUUUCCAGCAUGUGCUCUCUUCACCGAUGGCAAACGUGCAAUAAAGAGGCUUAGCUUAAUUUUCUUUCACUGCAGACCAGGCUGAGCCGCAUUUGCUGUAUGCUAGAAGCACACACAUGGGCAGAAGCCUCAGCUCAGCUGACUCAUGGAAACUUGGUGAACUGUGGAGCCCUAAUCCUCAGCCUAAGCCGAGUGAGAACAUGGCCGUGGCCAUACAUCCCUCGGUACAUGUGAACCAGGGAACACGGUGACAACUGGCAGGUCCCUGGGGACACGUGGCGGUGGGGAGGGAAUCCCUUGCCUCGGAACGAAUGGCCUGAGCUCAGCUGUCUCCCUGGUUUUAAAACUCUCUCUUCUGUGUUGUUUUUGUUGUUUUUUUUAGCACCACUGGUGAAGAUGCAGCAUGACAGCAGUAUAGCACGGUCAGGGUAAAGGAGGGAUCCUUCAAAAGAGUCUCCUUUUGAAGCCUAGCGUAGGAGCGCCAAGGGAAACCAGCGGAGGGGAGGGCUGGCUGAGACCCCUCCUCAACAUCCAUGAUGCCAGCACCUCCUCGUGUCUCUCCCACAGUGCUCCCUCGCUGUCCUGUGGCGAGAUGGACCCGGGGUCAGGAAUUAGUGGUCAGGCAACUGGUGUGAGACCAGUGGAGAAGAGUAUGUUACCUGCCCUGUGCACAGGCGUUGGGAUGCACUCUUCGCUCCGCGUCUCACUGAGCUGGAUCUCACCUAGGAGUCUUGCAGCGGGGGAAGGUGGUUUGUUUCCUUGGUAUCACGGGCAGAACUUGUGUUUAGAAAUGCAGGGGAACCUGGGGAGCACCAGAGAGCCCAGCGGAGUUUUCCACUGAGUGUGCAUCAGGCAGAUCAGAUACAGAGCAGUGACAUGUCAGGCUCGUGGUGUGAUGCCCUCCGAGAUAGGGCGAGACCAGAAGUGGCACCUUCCCUCUGAGCAGCUCUGUCCGUGUGUAUUCAGUCAGCAGCACUGACAAAACACGCGUUUAAAUACCUUUAGCAUGAACGUGCAGCUGCAGGAGCAGAAUAACUCUGCUCUUUCUCGCAUACAAGUAACAGAGCUGCUCGCUGUGCCCUGGUUAGAAGCUGAACAAACAGUUCCUGGGAAGAACAUGUGGCAUUUCUUAAGUGUAACUGAGGGCAAAACGUUGCCUGCAGCAGCUUUCUUCCCAGUCAUGGUAGACAAGAGAAGCUCCAUCCAGCUCUCAAAGCCCAGGUGCCAUUUUAAGCACACAGAGGGAAAAAGCAGCAGGGCUUGUAAAUGUUAGAAUUUAGAAAUCGGGACCAUGAUUGAGGGGCUGCAGAAGCCGUUCAGGUGCCUCUGGCACUGGGAGCAGUAGAACAAUCGGUCGGAUGCAAAGUCAAUCCCCUCAUCCCUUGAAGAUGCCCCUUAUUCCAGCCUGCUCCCAAAUCAGCCGUGCUGAGAAGUUGUUUUGGGGAGGGGGUUUUCAGAGGGUCAGAUAUAAAGCUUUUCAGAUAUACUGUCCAUAUCCUAACAAUAACAGCUGGAAAGGCCAGAUGUGAGGGGCUUCUUGCAAUGUACAGAUUUCCUCAUUGCUCCCCCAGGUCUUAAGUGUUAUUUUAAUAUGUACAGUUGGGAUUAAGCUAUCACGUGUAAAAUGCUGGCUAAUGCACAAUAAACAAGGCAAAAAAGAGCUUGAGUUGUAGUGAACAAUCUGAAAAGACCAGAGAAAUGAAAAAGUGUAAGAGCUAUCCCUUCCUUUAGACCAGGGUGUGAAUUCACCAGGUGAAACUCCCUCCUGAGCAGCAGUUGGCACAGAAAAGCUCCUCUGUGACAGCCCGGUCUGCGGCUGCUUCGUCCCCACAUCACCAUUGCUGAGGCCAGGGACUCUGAGUCCUGCCACAGGGAUGCUCAUCUGAGCUUCUUCAGCCUGCUGAGGGCUUCCCAGAUCCCAAAGUACAUGGUGGCCACCGUCUCCGUUGUGUUGUCUCGCUGUGGAGCUGGGACAUGUCUUAGAUCUUCCCCUCUUGCUCUGAUCUUAUACCAAAGAUGUUCUCACCUUCCCAGGGCAGGGGCUCAGGGUGUCUGGCUCUCUGAGGCUUUGCGCCCACCUCCUGGUUGCCAUCCCUAUCCUCUCUGUAAAUGAAUAACAAACACCAGCCCUUGACAUCUGGAGGGGCCAGGCUUGAUGCACUUAGAUGGAACAUCUUCUGGUUUGGUUCCCAGCCUCUGGUCCUCCUGUAUACCUUGCCAAGCACACUAUUUAUUUCCUGUUAUUAAGUAAUGGUAGUAUUAAACAUUUCGAGAGCACGCCGAACCUCUAGAACAAUGUGGUUUGCAUUAUCAUGUACGUGUUGGUUGAUGCACUGCAGACUGAACCUGACUGGUGCUUGCUCUCUGCUCCCAUGGUUUAUUCCUUGGAGAGCUGACUUCUUCCAGGCACGACCACUAUCUUCCUAUGCAUCACCAUUCGGCACGGUGCCCUGAUCCUGCCUGGAGCACCCAGAUGCUGUCAACCAAGAGACAAUUUUGGUGCAGUAAUGUCAGGCAGAAACUCUUCCUACCAUCCGGCAAAAACACGUGUCAGGGGUGCGACCUCUGGUUUUCUCCUCCCUGGGGACAGGGGCUUCACUGGUAUUCCGGGUUGGCCUCACGUUCCCCCACCAAAUGGGAUGAUAGCGAUUAGUAAACCCACCUGAGAAAAUCCUCUUAAAUUCUAAUCUUCGUUCGUGCUGUUAAUUGGCUGCGGUCAGAGGGAUGAUUAAUGGGUCCUACACGGUUGUUUGGGGGGAACUCACAGUUCUUUGCCACCACCACUGUUUUAUUUCCUGUCACUAGCUUAUUCCCAUUUCCGGGGCAACCGAAUAGUUUUUAUUACUAACUGGGAGAAAAAGAAACAAACAGAACCCGAGUUUCAAUCCGAUAAGGAUCUAAGGAAACUGACUGAGACAUUGUGCUCCAUGUUAGUCAUAUGAACGCUCUACCGGAUCAUGUUUCUUUGGUAUUUUCUGUUUGAUUUCCUGAUUCGUAUUUCAGUUGCGUUCAUGAUUUAUUUAUUUAUUUUGGAUCCUCUUAGACUCAGCCCUGCCGGUCGUUUAGCUCAUAUGCUAACAAAAGUCUCAAUUAUCCCAAGAGCAGAGCUGCCUGAGCAAUUACUAGCAAGGUGGGCUCACUGUGCCUAGGAAAAAUGAAGUGCUUAAUUAUGUUAGGGGUUAUUUUUGUCUGUGCAUUUGCUGCAAGAAGACAGAUUGAGCCGCAUUUCAUUUCAAUAUGCUUAUCUCUUCCACUUGCUCACUUCAGUUCCAUCCAAGCAGUCUUGUAGUUUAUGUUUGUAUAUUCAGUUCUAUUUCACUCUAGAACCCGAGGUGACCAAUAUUGGCCUCCUCUGAUGAAAGUUCUUGAUACCUUUUGAUUUUUAAAUAUUGCCAGGUGAAUGACAUGAUGAAUGCAAAAGUAAAUAGUUAUAUAUUUGUUUGUGUAAAUUUGGGCAGAUAUUUUUGACGCUGUAGAGAAUAAUAAAUUGAGAUAAACCAUGACCAAAAGCUGAAUGGAUCCAAGUGUGCAGCUCCCGUUCAAGUCCAUGACCAUUCCACAGGGAGAGAUUUCCCACCUCUGUUCCCUCAGGCUAUUUCCACGUUGCAGCACAGAGGAGAGAUACCAAAUCUAACUUGAAAUAAGCUACCACAGGCAGACUAACCGCAGCAGCAUGGAGUUCAGCAUAUCCUGUGUCUUGGCAAAAUUAGAUACCUCUCUAGAUGAAUGCUUUGUAAGCAAACCUACAUAUCCUAAGGAAGACUUUUACAACUCAGAAAGGAGGGACAACUAUGAACUAAAUGAAUUUGGUCCGCAUAGUUUUCUUAUGGCUGUCUAGAAUUGCUAGUGUCCUGCGUGUGGUUGCCUAUAGCUAUUGUGACGUGUUAAUUUUUACCCCCAAUCCUGUUGUAACCUCAUCUGGUGAUAUUCUGGGUCCCCGGCCAGUUCUCAGCCAGGCAAAGCCCCCGGGAAGGACAUCUGGAGCUGUGCUGCCUUCAGGAAGGCGGGGGGCAGCUCUCGGGAUUUGUCCCAGUGCUGUUGGACACUUCAGGAGCAUUAAACCUACCCGGUGACGUGGAAGUGGGUGAUCAGGCCAUGGGAGGAGAUGGAGAAUUUGGCGGAGGGUUGUGUAUGUGUCUUGUGCCCCCCAGCACGCGCACCCUGCCCCCUGCUAUUAACUUCCAGUUAGGACUUUUCUUGAACUCUUAGUGUCGGAGUAAAGUUUUCUUAUGCUGAUAAUGUAUUCGUAUUAUGCAACGUACUCAGAAAAAAAAAAAAAAAAAAACAACAGAAGAUUAUCUCUCUCUGACUGUCCUCUCCUCUCGAGAAGCUGUUCUCUUCUGUACAUAUGAUAUGCAGAAUGUAUGGGAGUCUUACCAGCGUUGGUUUGCAUUUUUAAGACUGUACUAAUUAAUGUGUGAUACUAUUGUGUUCUCGUAGUGGCAUCUUUGAUGUAAGAUGUAAAAACUAUUUAAAAUGACUUUUUCUUUUUUUUGUUAUUGUUCAGCUUUUAGAGAUAGCACCAAGGACUGCAUGUUCACUAGAAUCAGCCUUUUCCAAGGGCCGUGGUAGCUGCACACAGGCGCCGGCGUUUCACCCGGAGCAUCCUACCCGCGCUUUCCUUUUAAUAGGGGUCAGUUUUGAGUGGAAACUUAAUUCUUCCUGAAAAGUCUAGUUUUCUGUCUUUUCCUCUCUCAGGCUCAAGCUUCCCCCUCCCGCGCUGUGUGCCAGUCCUGGCCCCAGGAGGAGACCCAGCCAAGGGGUCCCCCUGGCAGCACCCCGCUUGGGUUCCUUACCCCUUACCUCACCCCUGAGGUUUUCCACGAGACUGCUGGCCGUACCAGGACAAAAACGAUGGAUUCACAUUUUAGGACCGUUUGUGCAAGUGACUUUAAAAUGAAUUAACUAAAAUUCUGGUGAAUUAAGCAAUUAAGGAAAAGAAGAGCCUGAGUGACAACUUUGGGGUUAGAAUCUUAUUGGAGCUUAAUAUAGUGAGAACUUGAGGUCAGUCCCUAGAAGAUGGGACCAUUUUGUGGGGCGUUACAUCUCUUGUUGGGUUUGGAGAGGGAAGAGGGGUUCAGAUCCAGCCUUUCAGGCAGGAUUGACUGAUUCAAUGGAUUGAGUCUGAGAGAGAUGCUUCUCCAGAUCGUGUCCUGGGCCAAAAGACAAGACAUGCUGCAGCUUAGGAGGUUUUUUCUUUUUUUUUUCUUUUUUUUUUUUUUCUUACUUUUUCUUUUUAAUGGAGAAAGCAGUUCAAACUGCACCUGGCAAAAUGACUGACUUCAAAGCAUGUUUUUCCUUCUUAUAUAGACACUCACAAAACAGCAUUGUGUGGUUAAAAAGGCGCAUUCGUGAUAGUUUCUUUUUCAGUGCCAAAAUAUAUAAGCAGUAUUGUUUGAAGGGAAAUAACAAUUUUUUUACUGUAUUGUUAUUACUGUUGAACAAAUAUUGUUUUUAAAUGUUAGAUUUUGAAGACUUUUGUAUUGUAAACUGUUUUGUGACAUGGUGCUUUUUCAUACUGGAAUUACUGAUUGCACCUAAAUAUGAAUUAUUUUGUUUUCUUAUAUAAAUAUGUAACCUUGAACAACCUUGAUGAAAACCCAUGUGUGGUGGAUACCGACAGUUCAAACAAACUCUCCUCCUGAAAUCCCCUAAAUGUUCUUUCCUACUAAUAAAUAUCCUGCUGCAGCUA